AUACGUCACACCUCCAUAAUGAAGAACAUAAGCAAUGUGACUGAAUUUAUCCUCUUGGGCCUUACUCACAAUGAAGAGAUGCAGAAAAUCUGUUUUGUGCUGUUUCUGAUUUUCUAUUUAAUCAUAGUGCUGGGAAACCUCCUCAUAGUUGUCACCAUAAUUUUUAGCUCUCGUCUGAACUCUCCUAUGUACUUUUUCCUCAGUUACUUAUCUUUUAUAGACAUCUGUUAUUCCUCUGUUACAGCCCCCAAAAUGAUUGCAGACUUCCUUGUUGAGAAGAAAACCAUCUCCUUCAUUGGUUGCAUAGCGCAGCUCUUUGGGGUCCAUUUCUUUGGUUGUACAGAGAUUUUCAUCCUCACGGUGAUGGCUUAUGAUCGAUACAUUGCAAUUUGUAAACCACUCCAUUAUACCACCAUUAUGACCAAACGGAUUUGUGGCCAGAUGGUGGCAGCCUCCUGGGUAGGAGGUUUUAUGCAUUCAAUGGUGCAGACUCUUGUUACCACUCAGCUUCCUUUCUGUGGGCCCAAUGAAAUUGACCACUAUUUCUGUGAUGUCCACCCUUUACUGCAACUGGCAUGCACAGAUACUUAUGUAGUUGGUAUCAUAGUGGUUGCUAACAGUGGAAUGAUUGCUUUGAGCUGCUUCCUCAUCCUGGUUGUGUCAUACAUUGUGAUCUUGGUGUCUUUGAAAUCUCACUCUUCAGAAGGUCGCCGAAAAGCUCUUUCUACCUGUGCUUCCCAUGUCACAGUAGUGAUUUUAUUUUUUGGACCAUGCACUUUUACCUACAUCCGUCCUUCCAGUAACUUCUCUGAAGAUAAGACGGUGGCUAUUUUUUAUACUGUUAUUACUCCAAUGCUGAACCCAUUAAUUUACACACUAAGAAAUGAGGAGGUAAAGAAUGCCAUGAGAAAAUUAUGGGAUAGGAAACUGAUAUCAAGUGGGAAAACAAGAAUGUGA